CCCCGGGGAAAGGAGGAAUCAAAUCAAUGGUUAGUGUAAGUUUACCCGCCAACCUGAGACCAUUGACUGGAGAAGUAGGUGGUGUUAGUAGAAAGAAUGAGGGGGGGGGGUGCGAUAAAGAUCUUCAUAGGUAUGCGUGCUGUGACAUAUUUUGCCGACUUCGACUAUAUAUCGUUCUGUGCAUUUGCUUCGCGGGCUCUUUGUUAUUUCCCCUUUUUGUUAUUUCAAACCGCAAGCAUGAUGUCAUUACCACGCGGUUCCCCUGGCAUCGCAUUCAUGUUCGUGAUUCGUUAGAUUGGGCGGGAAAUGUAUGCGUGAUCGAUCAUGGGGAUUCCCCAACCUCAAUCAUGGCGUCGGAUACAACCGUGAUGUCCUCCACUGUUUUCACUGACUUGAUUCUGCGGUUCGAAUGGUUAAUUGAUCUCUUCAAUGAGACAUUGCAUAAUUAUGAACGACCGGUUAAAAGGGGUUUCUUCUGUUCGGAUACUUCUAUCCGGUAUCCAUACAUUCCGGAUGAUACUAUCAGCAUAUUCUCUCUGUUGUGCAUCAUAACAGUGCCACUGUUAUUUAUUAUCUGGCACCAGACAUGCCAGAGUAUAAUUUGGAUGCUGGCAUAUCGAAGAAGUGUCGAUCCUAUCCUCCAACGACCUCACCCUAUGGGCGUGGUGGGCGGGGCACUUCUCACAACUCUUAUCACUGUCUGUAUGAAGCUCGGCAUAGGGAGAUUAGCGCCCAAUUUUUAUGAAGGUUGCAUGCCGAAGUCAGAAUGCUACUGGAGUAACGAUCUUAGUUAUAUAACUGAUUUUACAUGUUCAUAUCCAGAGAGGCUAAGGGAAGUAAGUCGAUCAUUUCCCUGUGUGUACACGUCUUUGUCAUCAUUUUCUUGGUUCUAUUUCUUGAUAUACUUGGUAUACAACUCCCCAUCGCCUAGUCUCCGAAGAACAUUCGCUGUCAUUACCUGUCUUGCAAUCCCCGUCUGUGUCGCAUUCACUCGUCUCCAUGACAACAGGAGUCAUUCCGGUGACGUAAUUGCAGGAUACCUUCUGGGUAUUUCCAUCGCAGUUAUCUUGACAGUCGGUAGAAAGGCAAAGUCAAAGUUUGGGGCCAAUUCCGAUUGGACUGAACAUGAUGAAGACGAAGGCUUUGAAAUGCUAUCGGAGGAAGAGUCUAAAGAGAAGAAUCUCAAACCGACGGUUAGAGUUUGCUCAUCGGCCAUAAAGUCUAACAUUCAAGGCUUCAUUGACGAGCUCACACACCGCUUAUGUGAUAACGUCGAAGGCAUUGAUCACGUCUCACUUCCAUACAGCGAUCUCGAUUCAUUUAAACCGACUGACUGGAACAAGACUGAUGUCGUCAUCUUGUGUCAUUCCAUCAAUAAUCGAAGGCUAUCGAUCACUGACGUGACAGACGCCCUUUACAAUGAAUUCCUUAAGAUGGUUACGAAACAUUGCGGAAAAGACUCUGUUAUUGUGAUAGCACAUGAUUUCGAAUGGAAGAAAGAUCAAUUACCUAAGGCCCGAGAGGAUAUCGAAGAGACACUUCGUAUCAAGCAGCCUACCACCUUUAGAUGCGCGGGAACGGUCAUUUUGGCGGGAAAACUAGACAGACAGAACGUAUCUACCUGUUUGUCAGAUGAUGACUGGAAAAACAUCGAAGCUGUUAUCCUGAAAUAAAAAUAAAAAUUUGCCUGAUCGUUUGCUUGAAAAAUCCUCAGUUCAAGCUUGAAAUGACCGCUCAUUAUCAGAGAGCCGAGGGGGAGAUAAAUACAAAGAAUGGGACCUAUCAAAUGUCGCUUAAACCUGUUCCGACAUCCUACACUCAUGAAUGGUAGAGCGCAUUACACUUUAAAGAGAUGCACAAAAUACUCAUUUUAUGUUAUACACAUGGUGCGCAUAUUACCCUUGCUAAUAUAGGCCUACUUUUUAAAAUGACCAUAUAUUCCUUACAAUUUUCUUUUUCUCACGUUAUUAUGCACUCUUAUG